AUGGCCAUCCCAGAAAACCUGAUCCAAAAAUGGACGAAGAUAUUCAACUACAGAGACACGGACAAUGACGGUGUCGUGCGAGAGACUGACUUCGAGGGCUACACCAGACACUUCAUUCAGAUCUACGGCCCGAAAGCUGAGCCGGUGCUGGAAAUAAACAAGAUCUUGUGGGGGACGAUGACCGCCAAGGAGUACAAACCGGAAAUUACCCUUCCCGAGUUCUUAGACAACUACACUUAUCUGUGGACACAGGACCGCUGUGGACUGGAGGAGAAACUUAAACGGUACACUAACCUAUGUUUUGACGCCAUAGACACAAACGGGGACGGUGGCAUUUCUCUAGCAGAGUACAGCGUCUACCAGAACAGUUUCGGGAUAACGAACCAUGACUACAUCGAGCAUAUUUUCAAGCAGAUCGACGUGGAUGACAACGGCGUAAUCAGCAGAGAGGAGUUUGUCGGCGAAGUUCUCGAGUUCGUCCUGUCUGAAGACAAAGAAGCGAUACCAGAUAUGUACGAUCAUCACAAGGCCAAAACGUUUCGCAAAUGA